AUGAAAUACACCGCCGCAACUCUCCUGGCUCUGGUCGCAGUCUCCAACGCGGCUCACUGCAACGCUGGAUGGGGCAUGCCAUCGGGUGCUUCAUGUCCAGGCUCAUACCCCAACGUCUACUGUUGCCAAGAGCCCGGAAGUAUCAGUGGCCCUUACUAUCAAUUUAGAACGUGCUCCUACCCUGUGCGAAAUGGACAGCCGGUCUUGGAUUCCUGCCUAGGAGACGGCUAUGUGCAAUGCUGCCCUUGA